CAUCUUUGAGAAGUUGCUCAAAAUCAAACACAUGAAUUUACCUAAUAUGAACUUUCUCGAGUAAUGAAAGGAAAAUUCUAGAUUUGUUCCCGCUGAUGUCUUUUAGUUAUGUUCUGGUGUGAAUCUGGGAUUUUAGUUUGUAGUCUUCUUCGUUCUGUCACUUAAGACACUUAUCUAAGGUAAAACCAUUCCUGCAGAGACUGUUGUUCAUGCUUUUGUUACAAUUCACACCUGAGUAUUGUAACUCUGUCCAAUUAGCUGUGGGACAGAGACAGUGCCUUAGCUCAAUUACAACUCAUUCAAAAUGCUGCAGAGAGACUUUUGCAUGGUAAAAGAAAUUUAACCUUUAGAACACAUUGUAAAGAUAUUUUCUUGGUUUUUAAAGCUUUGGCUGUUCUGCCAUACUUGGCUGAUUGUGCAGCCCUAUGUCCCUAAUGCACAGGUUUCACUGACUUUGAGGUUAAAAAGGAGAACAGAAUGUAAACAUUAGCUAAUCAUUCAAACUCAAAAAUUCUAAUGAGAAAACCCCCAUUUUAGUGUGUUCUCUUUUUGUUUUUGUUCUCAGUCUCUGUGCUUAUUUUAUUUUAUCGAAUACUUCUUGUGAAUUAGACUAAGAGUCUGGAAUAAAAGCUACUUGAUUUGAUUUAGUCAAAAACACGAUUUUAAAAACUGCAGAAUAAAAAAACUGCUACAAACGCUUCUUUAUAUUUAAAAUCAGGACAAGAGAAAAACAAUAAUACGCAUUGAAUAAACUGAUAAUAAAUAGCUCUCACUACAAACAAAAAUCUCUCAAAUAUCCAAAUGUUUUACUAGUGAUAAAAAACUAGCCUGUAAAUAAAUAUGUUGUUUAACUUUGCAAAGCAAGAAUUUGGUCUAGUUCACUAAUAAACCCGCAUGUUCAAUCGAUGUUAUCUGGGACCCCGUUUGACCUCACUGAGUCAAAAGUAAUCGAUAUCAGAGUAAUCGAUCACAGCUAAAAGUGAAGCGGUUUAAGUUAUUUUUUUUCAAUUUCUGCCGCAUUUUCCCAGUCGUUGCUGGUGGUUGCAGCAGAAUGGACUCCGGCUUGACCUUCGCCUCUCACCGGUCUCCUGUGGUGUGUUUACACGGCUGCGUGGCGUCUAGUCAACCGCUAGCUUCCACCGUAGGACUGGAUGUCCUUAAGUGUGGUGGCAAUGCUGCAGAUGCUGCCGUUGCCAUAGCGGCAGCUCUGGCAGUAACCGAGCCAUGCAGUACUGGGCUUGGUGGUGAUGCUUUCUGUUUGUUCUAUGAUGGAAACACCGGAGAGAUCAGAGGGAUUAAUGGCAGUGGUCGAUCACCUAAAGCUCUGACUCUGGACUUCCUAGAGGGGUGUGGUCACACUGCAGAGUCCCCUCCUUCAGUGUUUGAUGCCGUUAACAUCACAGUACCAGGAGCUACCGCGUGCUGGUGUGAUACGGUGCAGUUAUUUGGCAGCCAGAAGCUGUCCUUGCAAGAGAUCCUGAGUGGAGCAGUGGAGCUGGCAGAAGAAGGAUUUCCUGUUGCUGAGAUAACAGCACACCACUGGGCGAACUGGGCGGCUGCCCUGAAGGGUGAUGGGAAGGAGCUGGGUGGGGACUUGCUGAUUGACGGUCAUGCACCUAAAUGUGGACAAGUUUACAAAAACACUGGACUGGCUCAAACCUUGAAGGAGCUUGGUGAGCAUGGCAAACCAGCUUUCUACCAGGGCAGAGUGGCCCAAGCCGUAGUUGACGUCAUCAACCAGCAUGGUGGGGUCAUGACCCUGGAGGAUCUCAGCAGCCAUGACAGUGAGCUGAUCACUCCAAUAAACACCGAGUACAAGGGUGUGCGCCUGUGGGAGCUUCCUCCCAACAGUCAAGGACUUGUUGCCCUGCUCCUCCUCAACAUCCUGGAGAACUUUCCUCAGCUCACAGCUGGAGGCCAUAACAGCUCUGACUUCAUCCAUGUUUUUGUUGAGGCUGUGCGUUUGGCACAAACGGAUGCGCUGCGUUACCUAGGCGACCCAGCCCAUGUGACCAUACCUUUGGAAAGCUUACUGGACAAGAGCUACAGUAAGCAACAAUCACAGCGCAUCAGCAUGAACAGGGCCAUGGAGCAUGUGCAGCCUGGCCUGAUGACUGCAGGUGACACCGUUUAUUUCUGCGUGAUCGACAAUCAGGGGAAUGCGUGUUCUUUCGUCAACAGCACCUACAUGGGCUUUGGAACCGGCUUGGUCCCGAAGGGAUGUGGAUUCUCUCUUCAGAAUCGCGGGGCCAAUUUCUCUUUGUGCCGUGACCACUUUAAUUGUGUUGCUGGAGGGAAGCGGCCAUAUCACACCAUCAUUCCUGCACUCCUCACUGACUCUUCAAUCAAUUCGCAACAAAAACCAAAACUCCUGGCUGCGUUGGGGGUGAUGGGGGCCUUUAUGCAACCGCAGGGACACAUCCAGGUGUUGCUGAACAUGGUGGAGUUUGAGAUGAAUCCUCAACAGGCUCUGGAUGCACCCAGAGUUUUUGUGGAGUACAACCACAAAACUGAUCGGUGGUUGGUUAACUUGGAGGAGGGGAUCGACCAGGAGGUGGCUGUGGAGCUGAGGAGACGAGGCCACCAAGUCAACUGGCCAGUCACAGGCCAUGAGAGGUGUCAGUUUGGGCGGGGCCAGAUCAUCACGGUGGGUGAUUGGUGGAAUCGUUCUGCCGGGUCUCCGUCCAGGGUGCUGUGGGCUGGAUCAGACCCCCGGGCGGACGGGUGUGCUGUGGGAUACUAACCAGAGAAAUCAACUGUUUUACCUCUAAAGUAUAAAGAUGAAACACAGAUUUGAGCUUUAAUUCUGUUGUGAUUUUUAGCUUUACACACUUUACGAAUUAUUAUACGAAUAGAAUUUGGGCAUGAAAGAUGUCUCCGGGCUCGUUGGAUCACAAAAACCCAUCUCAGACACCUGUGAUGAUUAGUUUGUCAGUUAAUCCCGACACUACUGAAGAAGGAAGUUUAAACAUCAUUAAACAGAUCUCUUUUUUUCCAUUGUCUAGAAAUCUAGACAGACAGUAGCAGAAGCAAGGUCGGUAGCUACGCUCCACUGGACCCUCAGCAGGCCCAAACAGUCUUGUGGCUGGCCAAUCACAGCGGUCUAUCGGUUUGGUGGGCGGGAUGUUACUGCAGCUUAUUUGCGGCUUAAUUUUAACUCCGUCUUGUUCUCAGAUGAGAGCCGUACCCCCGUGGAUGAUACACAUGGCCUUGUUCAUUGGAUGUAUUUGUGCAGCCAAAGCCAAAUGUAUACUUCUCCGUCCGCGUUGGUACGCCUGUCGGCACAAGAGCUCUUUAACUUUUUAACUAUCCGUCAAAAAUGAGAUUGCAAGUUUACGAUUGGACAGGAUGUCGCUUCCUGUAAAAUCGUCAACAGCACCGCCAUCGCCACCUCAAAAAAUAAAGCUAUUUAGCGACAGACAUGGAACAGAUUGAGGAACGCAUUGUAGAAAAAAAUCUAAAAUAUGAACGUUUAUUCACCCGUGACUGAAGGAGUACAAAGCGUUUCAUUUGUGGAUGGCAAUGACGAAAAACGUGGGUUUAGAGGUGCUGAUGCGAGCAAAGGUGGAGGAGAAUGAGAGCCGAAUUUGUUUGUGUUAAAAAAUCUCUGACAUACAUUAAAACAAUAUAAACACAGUAGUAAAUCCAUUAAUUUGGACUGAAUCUGUGACUAAUGGUGGCAGGAUACCCCCAGAGAAGCGCUACGCCCUCUGGUGUCCUGGUGGGGAAUUGUUUUGCUGCUUUCUUGCUGUUUAAAUUGUGCAGAACAUCACAGCUUGUGACUGAAAUCAGACUGUUGCAGGAAAACUAGCCUCCUAUAUGAUAGAGUGAUCAUUUCUCAUUCUGCUUAAAUCCCUCUCAUCAGUAGUUUGUCUGUUAUGUGUUUUUCCAACAAGAAUUUUUGUUUUUUUU